AUGAUCUCAACUCCUCUCCAUCAACCUCAAGAGGAAGAACUUGCUGGUGUUCCAUCAGUAGCACUUACUCAAUUUUUUGGUUCCGAUGGAGUGGAUCGCAUGCAACAACAAACCAUUCUGAUUCAUCAUUUAUUACAACAUAGUUGUGGGGAUGUAUUGAUUGGAUUGGAAAUUGCCAAGAAUAUUGUGCUGAGUUUUGGAGCCAUUCAUCACGAUGUAACCUUUUUGAUUGAGAUUUCAAAUAUGAAUUUCUUGAGAGAUCAUGGAAAAGGCUUACAAGAAAUAUUUCAAACCUUUUCGUUUUUAUUGGAGGAUGAAGAUGAGGAUAAUUUAUUCUCUCUACCUUCACAAGACAAUGAAGGAGAUUGGAAUCAUAUGAAGAAAGAAAUUCAACGUAUUUACGAAAAGUAUUUUGCAUCCAAGGGUGGAAAGGUGCAAGUGUUUGUCGAAUUUUGUGACCAUAUUGAAAAAUCAAAAUUACAAGAUGAUCAAUUCAUUUCACAAUUUACUAUCGUUUCCAUUAAUAAUUAUAGCAUGCUUGAUCUGAUCACUGUGAAUGAGAAUUGUAGAAAACACGACAUCGAGAUGAUUGCCUCCGAGACGCGAGGUCUUGUUGGAUCUGUUUUUUGUGAUUUUGGAAAUUCCUUUGUUUACAAGGAUUUACCUCACCCAAAUUCUGUUCUCUAUGAUUAUUUCUAUGUAAUUGAUGUUUCACCGACGAAUCCUGCCAUUAUCACACUGAGGGGAGGUUCCAAACAGGGCCAAACAAAUAAUUUGAAAGAAGGAGAUGUUAUUUCUCUUGAAGGAAUUGAAAGCAUGCCCGAAAUUGACGGCUCUUACUUUACAUGCCUUGAGGUAAAUUAUUUGCAUGACAGCAACUUGUGUGUGACUAUCGAUCUUGACGCAUCGAUUUUGCCACCUUUUAAUCCAGUUAGUGCUGGAUUUGCCAUUCGAGUUUGCAAAGAAACAAUUUCUAAACACAAACCAAUAACGGAGAUACUUCAAAAUCCUUCUCUCGAAAAAUGUGUGUUGCAUGUAGAUAAUCCCAAUAUUGUUCAUGCAUCCAUUAUGACAAUCGGAAAAUUCUAUAAGACAUUUCAUAGAGUUCCACAUUCAUAUCAAGACAUUCUAAUGCUCGUUGCGGCAACUUAUUCUUCGCAACUUGCGACCAUUUCCUCUUUGAUUGGAGGUAUUGCAGCGAUGGAAAUUCAAAAAGCUGCCAGUGGUUAUUACGAACCUAUUCCAAAUCAACUCUUUUAUUUUGAUGCAUUUGACUGUGUAAACAAGCAUCAAAAGGAGAAGCUUGUGAAGAGGAGCAGUCAAGAUAUUGAUCCUUGUAUGAAUGGCACCAUGUACAGUUCCCAAGCCUUAAUUUUUGGACAACAAGUACAUGAGAAAAUUGAAAACUCGAAACACCUCUUGUACACCAUUGGACCUAUGGGUUGUGAAUACUUGAAAAAUUAUCUCAUGAUGGGUGUUGGUAAUGGCCUUCAAGGAUCCUUCUUGGUGAGUGAUGAUAAAAAAGUGAGCAUGAAGCAUCUUGGAACACACUUCCUGUUCAGGAGAAGACAUGUUGGACUGACUAAAGCUGAAGCAUCUGCAGAGAUUGUUCAAAAAUUGAAACAUCUAACAAUCCAUUCUUCAGCCUCAAAAACACAACAAUUAAUUACUCCUUUGAAAGAAUCAUCCAUUAUCAAGACAGCGUUUUCAGUGGACAUGAUUACAGAUAGCUGUGACAUCAUUAGUGCAGUGGAUUUUAUGGAAUUUUGCAAUCGAGACAAAACAUCUCUUAUCAAAACAACAUGCAAUAAUGGAGUCAAAUAUAACCUCCAAAUCGUGGUUCCCUAUGUCACAAACUUACCGGAAAACCUGAUUGAUGAGAAGCCUUAUUACAAACUUGCUGCUCCUACUCUGCCCAUUCAAUGUCUUAACUGGGCCGAGACUUUUUUUUACCGAGAGUUUACAACUUAUGCAGAAACUGCAUUAACUUAUGUAAAAGAACCGACCGCACUUAUUUCUACUACGGUUAAGGAACAUAUGUAUGAUAUUUUAGUUCGAUAUAGACCAAACAAUUUAUUGGAAUGCUUGAAAUGGGCACGGCUUCAAUUUGAAAUUUUAUUCAAUACUAGUAUACAGUUAUUGAUUGAUAAUUAUCCAUUUUACAUGAUAACCACAGAUGGCACCUACUUUUGGAGCGUCACAAAACGAUUUCCUAGAGUGUUAAAUUUCGAUUUAUGCAAUCCCAAUCAUGUGGAGUUUGUGCUGUUACUGUUCAAGUUUAGGGCCCAACUUUAUGGUUUUGAGGUUCCUGAAACAUUUGAUAUAUUGACAUCUCUUAAAGAGAUAUCUCACAACCAUGAUGAAAGUGUAUAUUCAAUUAGAAAUACAAGAAACAACAUGAUGAAAGACGAUGACAUGGAUUAUGGUCAAUUGCUGCAACAAUCAAACAUACUGUCCGACAUUGAAUUGCAUCCCUACACAAACUAUGAGCACAAGCACUAUCUUCAGUUCAUUUACAUCGCAACGAUAUUACGCUGUGAAAAUUUCAGAAUUGUUCAACCCGCAAAAUGGAUUAUUUGGAACACUACACUCGAUUCUACACCAUCAAUUUUAAGUAUAUCCUCCAUAAUGUCUGCUCUUGGAUGUCUUGAGUUUUAUAAGGUCAUUCAAGGAUUUCGAGACUCUUACAACAAUGCUACCAUUGAUGUAACUAACUGUCUAACAUUGUUCACACAAACUCCUCCAAAAAAUCCAACCAUUUCCUCAUUUCCCAAUCGUACCUAUUGUACCUUUUGGGACACGAUAGACAUUGAUGAAAAUAUAGAAAUUACAUUGAAAGAUCUUGUCGACAUUAUGAAAGAGUGUUAUAAUUUAGAAAUUAGUAUGUGCUCAACAGGACGUAGUAUGCUCUAUUCAUUCUUCACAAAACGUCGUUUGGAAGAUCUUAGUAAGCCAAUUUCACAAUUAGUGUUUGAAAAAACCAAAACACCAGUUUCCUCGAAAUUUAUUUUGAUCGACAUUUGUUGCCAUGAUUUGAUCACUCUAGAGGAAAUGGAUGACAUACCACCCAUUCGCUAUCGUUGUUAUGGUGGUGCCUCCUCCUCCUUCCAGUAG